AGGCCAUGACAAUAGAAAGCGUUGCCGACGUGCAAAAAGAGAAAUGGGACAAUGUCAACACGCUCGGAAGUGUGCAGCUCCACAAUGUUCAAACGAAGGAAGUCUUGCUCAUCCCGACGCCGUCGAGCGAUCCCAAUGAUCCUUUGAACUGGUCAAAGGGCUACCGCUACUAUCAAGCCUUCAUCGUGUGUCUUGCCAUGGUGAUGUGCAACUUCUUGGCAGCAGGUCCGACGGUAGCCAUAGUAGAAACGACGAUCGACUACUUCGGCCCUCCAGGCCCAGAAUUCACCUCCAAAAUUUCCAAAAUCGCAUACUUCUUCACCACCACAGCCUUACUCCAAGGCCUCGGCAACCUAGUCUGGAUGCCGUUGAUCGUAAAAUAUGGCAGGAGACCAGUCUACCUCGCAUCUUUCACUCUCUACACAAUCACAACGAUCUGGGUCAGCGUCAGCAAGACGUACGCCAACACCCUCGUCGCGAGAAUCGUUAUGGGCUUCGCUGCGGGAUCAGGAGAAUGUCUGGCCCCAUUGACCAUUUCCGACAUUUUCUUCCUGCACGAGCGAGGCACCGUCAUGGCCGUAUACACCGCAUCCCUAAACUUCGGCGUCUCGAUCGGCGUCAUCCUCAGCGGCGUCAUCGCAUACAACCUCGGAUAUCACUACAUCUACUACAUCGCCAUAGCCCUCAUCGGCUUCGUCACAAUUCUAGUCUUCUUCACCAUGCCCGAAACCUCCUACACUCGCAGUCCCGCCGUCCUCGCCGCGCGUCCCCACCAACAACCCCCCAAACGUUCCUACCUCCACGGCCUAAACCUCUACACCGGCACCUACACCUCGGAAUCCCUCCUGAAACUCUUCAUGCGUCCCGUACUCAUGCUCCUCUUACCCCCCGUAAUCUGGGCCACCCUCGUAAUGUCCGUCACAAUCGGUUUCCUCGUAGCCAUAACCUCAAAUUUCGCCCCGGCCUUCUCCACAACCUACAAUUUCAACUCCUGGCAAUCCGGCCUCUGCUUCAUCGCCGGACUCGUCGGCGCCGUGAUCGGAAUCGCUCUAGGAGGAAAUUUCUCGGACUGGACCGCGAAUUUUUUCACGAGGAGGAAUGGUGGCAUACGGGAGCCGGAGUUUCGAUUACCGGCUAUGACGAUUGGACUUGUGACUGCGCCUUUGGCGCUGGUGUUGUAUGGAGCCGGGAUUGAGCAUCGGUGGCAUUGGAUGCUUCCGACGCUGGGGUUGGGGUUGUUGAAUUUCAGCAUCACGCAGGCGACGAAUGUUUCGUUGGUGUAUAUUGUCGAUGCGUAUCGGCCGAUUGCCGGGGAGACGGUCGUGACGCAGUUGGGCUUUAAAUCUGCUUUUGGAUUUUUGCUAUCGUUCUAUACGAAUCCUUGGAUUGAGAAAUCUGGGUAUCAGAAUGCCUUCGGGGCUAUGGCGGGCAUCAGUGCUGCUGUUUUGGUGUGUUGGAUUCCUUUCUUUGUGUUUGGGAAACGGAUCAGGCAUGCGAGUUUGCAGUGGCCGAUCAUUGACAGAGCUGUGAAGUGGAGUGUGGAUCGGGAGGUCGGUGAGUGAAGAAGAACAAGGGUGGUUUAUCGACAGUCCUAUCGAUCAUUCCCGAAAUGUGAUGCUUCUACAUG